AUGUCGAAGAGAGGUAUUGAAACCCCGCGUAAAAGUAGAAGAUUGAACGAUGAAGUAAGAUUUGAGGAAUUUCAUUCUUCAUCUUUCAACAUUUUGUCACAAACACAAACUCAAUCUUCAACUGCAAAACAGAAAUCUAGAUCAGAAAAAUCAAAAAUGAAAAAAAAAAAAAAAGAGGCAAAGGAAAUCGAGAAGAAGAGAAAAGGAAAAGAAAAGCAAACCGUAGUUGAAUCUGAGAAAGAGGCAAAGGAAAGAGGAAAGAAGAGGAAAGGAAAACAAAUUCAAUACUCAUCAGAUUCUGAGUCUGAUUUUGUUGAUGAGUUGAUAAAGUCAAAAUCAAAAAAAUCAAGAGGCACUGAAAUCGAUAGUUCACAAAGUGAGAAGAAGACACAAACACAUUUGUCUUCAUGCAUUAACAUGAAUGUGUUUGCGGAUCCGUUGACCUUUCUAGGUCAAGAUAAGUUUCAAGAAUUUUUACAAGAAUCACCUUUUGGAUUUUUUUAUAAUAUGCAUAACAUUAAAAUUCAAUGUCAAUUGUUGAGACACAUAUUUAUGAUGGGAGGAUCUGUUCACUCCAGAAAAAUUAAAGAAGCUGUUGAUAAACUUGCAAUCAUGAUUCCAUUAUUUCUGACGAGCACAGGGUUUUAUGGCAAAAUACUUGAUUUGUAUGCGAAUAAUCUCCCUGAUUAUCAACAGAAGUCUCAUUCCGAACCUCUCAGUAUCAAGCAUGUGACAAAUGUUCCUCAACAAGAAGAAAGUUCCAAUGAUUGUGGUCUAUGCACAUAUCUCUUUGCCGAAUACAUGAGCAAUGGUGUUUUUGAUGUAUCUCAUAUUGAUAUCGAUUCAAAAUAUCAUCGUCAAAGAUAUGGUACAUUACUUUGGCAUUAUGCAAAAUCAAAGAAUGAUGAAGGCGCAAUAAGUGAAAGUGAAGUUACGGGAACAGUUGUUAGCAAGAAGGGUGGACCUCGAACUCAUAAAGAACAAGUUAUGGACACCACCAAUUAUCCUACUCCAAAAUUUCGUAAUAGGAAGUAG